AAAAUGUUUUCUCCCAUCGCGACUUCGUUCGUUUGCGUCUGUCUGGCCGUUUUCGGUUCCACCGCUUCCGUGCCCGCGCAACAACCGCAGCAGCACCGACAAGAGGAAGGAUUCGGCGCGGUCUUGUGGUCGGUGCUAGACGAUUGUUUCGGAGACUUCGAUUCGGUAACCGUAUGCCUCAAGUCCAAAGCACUGACGGCCCUCGAUCGGGCCCUYGGCAAGCCCGCUGUGACCUUAGCGGACGGCGUGACGCUGACCGCCAGAGCCGGAAAGUCACUGGCCGUCGACCCGCAGGCUGAACGGGCCGACCGCGCGGCCCUGGACGCCGCUCCGGACGCUGACAGCAAAAACGCCCURCUGGAUGACAUGUUGGCCAGCCGCAUGGACAGGCUCAUGUCCACCAGGACCAUCGAGCUGGACGGUGCCGACCAAGAAGGUCGCAAGAAGAAGGACAAAGGUAUGCAACAAGCGAUGAUGAUGGCUGGUAUGACGGCUGCCGCUGUAAUGGGACCGAUGGCAUUAAAAAUCAUCGCUUUAAUCGCAGUCAAGGCACUGUUGAUAAGUAAAAUCGCAUUAGUACUAUCCGGGAUUGUGGUACUCAAGAAACUUAUGCAGUCCCAACAGGGAGGUGGUGGUCACGAAACCGAAUCUCCGUCCCAUCAUCACGGCCGGAGCAUGCAACUUGACGCCGGUGCUCACCACAUGGCGUACUCGGGCCAUAAGCAAUAAUAGCCACCGUGAUAUUCUAAUUUAUUUAUUAUUUAUUWAUUUCGUGUACUUAACCGAAUUAUUUAUACUUUUUACUAUUAUUUAUUAAUCGUGUAAUAGUUUUUUUUUAUAAGACUAUUUAGUCUAGAAAAUUCAGUAUUGCUUGUGUUGAAGAUUUAUUUUUA